AUGGCGGUUCCGGCCAAUCCAGCCAUCGAAGAAGAGCACGAAGGUCCCACGCAUCAUCCUACUGCACCGUCACACGAGUUUUUUGAUUUAUCAACAACUGUUGAUCCCAGUUAUAUAAUCUCCUUGAUAAGGAAGCUUUUGCCUUCGGAUUCUGCUUCUGCUCAUGGAGUUGUUUCGGAUGUCCCUAACAAAGGGGGUGCUCCAUGUGCAUCAAUUUGUAAUGAUCAACAGUUUGAAUCAUCAAAGAAUAAAUCUGAAAAUAUGGAUGUUGAUGUUUCCCGUGAAUCUUCUCGCACGGGAGGAGAGUAUAAAGAUAAUGGCGGUGGAUUUGAACAUUCCGGUGCCUCGAUUGGAGAGGACGCAUGGGAAGAAAAUGGUUGUGUUUUGUGGGACUUGGCUGCGAGUAAAACACAUGCGGAACUCAUGGUGGAGAAUCUCAUACUUGAAGUUCUUUUAGCAAAUCUUGUUGAUUGCAAAUCCAUGCGUGUUAAUGAGAUUAGCAUAGGAAUUAUUGGGAACCUUGCCUGCCACGAAGUUCUAAUGAAACAUAUAGUCUCGACUAAAGGAUUGAUUGAGAUGAUUGUGGAUAAAUUAUUUCUGGAUGAUCCUCAAUGCCUAUGUGAAACAUCUAGAUUAUUGACUUUGGGCCUUCAAAGUGGUGAAUCUAUUGCCUGGGCCGAGGCAUUGCGGUCCGAACAUGUAUUAUGUCAAAUAUUAUGGAUUGCAGAAAAUACUCUGAACCUUCAGCUUUUAGAAAAGAUUGCAGGGCUUAUCUUAGCAAUAUUAGAAAGCCAGCAAAAAGUUGUGGAAGAUCUUCUUCCACCUAUGAUGAAGCUUGGUUUGACAAGUAUAUUGAUCAAUCUCUUGACUUUUGAGAUAAGCAAACUAACGAGUGACAGAAUGCCUGAAAGGUAUUCAAUUCUUGAUUUAAUUCUUCGUGCAAUUGAAGGCCUUUCUGUUAUAGAUGAUCAUUCUCAGGAAAUAUGUUCAAAUAAAGAGCUUUUUCAUCUAGUAUGUGACUUGGUCAAGUUCACAGAUAAAGUAGAGGUUGGGAACUGUUGUGUUACUGCUGCAGUUCUUAUUGCAAAUAUUUUGUCUGAUGUUGCUGAUCGUGCUUCUGAAAUAUCACAAGAUUGGAGCCUCUUAGGUGGUCUGCUUGAUAUAUUUCCUUUUGCUUCGGAUGAUUUGGAGGCAAGAAAUGCAGUCUGGACCGUACUUGCUAGAAUAUUGGUCAGAAUACACGGAACUGAAAUGAACUCAUCAAGUUUAUGUCAUUUCGUUUCGGUCCUUGUCAGAAGAAUUGAUCUGAUUGAAGAUGAGCUUCUGAACAAACAAAGUGUUGACUAUAGCCCUGGCUCAACAGCAGAUACUAGAAACACAUCUCUCAUGAGAAUAAUCAGCAUUGUGAAUCAGUGGACUGCUGUAAGGGAGGAAGCUGAGAGUAACGGGAAUGCUGAAUUUCUUGUAAGCGAGACAGAUGUAAAAAAGUUGUUGGAUAUUUGUCACAAAUUCUCCAAGUAG